UUUUAAUUGACAGUGUCUAGAUAAAAUGAUGACGCAUUUUUAUAGAUAUGGCAAAGCUAACAGUAGGGAAAGAUCAGAACAAGCAGUGCCAAAAUAUGUCACUAAAACUUAAUGUCCCGUUCUACUGAAUCCACGUUUUUCCUGGUCCCUUCAGGAGAGGGUGAUGAGGGUCCGGGUGGGAGUGGCUCACAAUGGCUCUGAAAAACUCACUCACUCCAGCAUCAGAGUUGAGUGUGUGUGACCUUUCUAAAUCAGACUGCAAGACCUUUCCUCUGGACAGCCGCAGCGAGAUUGGGUCUCAGUUGGUUUACAGGACUACAGGAAGAAGCUGUCACUAAAGAUGGAGGGUGAGAAGGGAACAUUAGAGGCAGGUAUCAAAGAGCAACCUGAUAUGACGGGUCCACUGACAGUUGAACAGCUGGCUGCUAUAGAGGAUGAAGAGAUCCUCAAUAAUAUGCUAGAUAAGGCUGUGGAUUUCGAGGAGAGGAAAAUGAUCCGGGCUGCCAUGAGAGAACUGCUCAAGAGAAAGAGGGAACGGCGUGAUAGGGAGCGGGCGGCCCGGAUGGAGAACCUGCAUCAGCAGGGUAACGGAGGCAAGACAGCUGCUGGACUGAAUAAGGAGCAGAAAGCCACUAAUAACCCGAGCGGUGCUCAGUUCAACGCACACAAGACGGCUCAGGCAAAAACAUUUUCAACACCAACCUCUACAAAAAUUGUGAGCAGUCCCGCUCAACCCCAUGUGGCUAGGGAUAAAAAAGUGCCGGGCGGCUCGGCAGUCGGGGUGCCAAACACUAAAGAUGUCAAACAGAUGCUGCUGGACUGGUGUCGUGUCAAGACUGAACCGUAUGAGGGUGUGAAAAUCCAAAAUUUCUCCUCUAGCUGGGCAGACGGUCUGGCGUUUUGUGCCCUGGUGCACAGGUUUUUCCCUGAGGGCUUUGAAUAUUGCACUCUCGACCCCUAUGAUCGCAGGGCCAACUUUGAGAAGGCGUUCAAGACUGCAGAGAGACUAGCUGACUGUCCUCCCCUGCUGGACGUUGACGACUUGAUGCGGAUGCGAGAGCCCGACUGGAAGUGUGUGUACACAUAUAUCCAGGAGUUCUACCGCUGCCUAGUAGAGAAAGGCCUAGUCAAGACUAAAAAGAAGAUGCCAUAGAAACUUUUUUGAGCAUUUUCACUGUAAAUGACCAAAGGGCCACAACAGGCACGACAUAGGGCACAUGUGACCUGACCUGCACCUUUUACCUAAGAUCAGACAGAUAGUCUAUUAUGUACUCAUGCUCUUCUCUAUUGCAUAAAAACACAUGCAGUGGACGAGGAUUAUAACCGGCGUGUUUGGCACUAGGGUGCAGCUGAGGCUCUGAAACAGUGCAUUCCAGUGAGAUUACACAUGCAUUAAUCUCAGUCUAUGCUUAGAGAUUGUGUGAAUGUGUGUGUGUAUGUGUGUGUAUACGCAGAAGGCUUUUUAUGGUACUGCUACUCCCGGUUUUGAAUGCACUCCAGCACAGAGACAUCAGGCUUAUAAGGGCAUGCGAUCUAAUGCACAAUUAUUAUUAACUCAGAUUAAUCGUUUGUUUAAAAAUAUAGACAGGGAACUUUUGCUAUUAUAUAAACGAGUUCAGAAAGGACAACAAAGUCUAAAGCCUCAGAAAUGUUUCUUUUUUCUCCUCCAGAAUAGAAGUGUCACCUGAUUUUGCAUAUAGGGUGAAAUAUGAUUGCUUGAAUGGUUUUCAGUUUCUCUCAACUUGUUCAGGAUCAAAAGUGCAUCAUACAGAGCACUUGCUUGACACUAGCAAAUGACCCUAGAACUGCACUAAGAGGGAUUAUGUCCAAUAAAACCUCUCACUCAGGGAUAGACACUCAAGGCCUGUAACAUGCAUGUAAGUGUUGUUUCAGAAGGCAAAUGGCAAUUUUUAAGUGCUUUUACUUAAGUGCACCAUACAAAUAUGGCAUUCUAAUAUAAUAAAAAAUCAUUUAAGUAGGCUAUUAUUGUUAUCUUUAGUCAUACAAGUACAGUUGCUGCAUGUCAAUCUGUAUCGGUGUUCUGGUUUGAUUAAAUUAUGGGUGUUAUUUUCCUCCCACAGUGCAUCACCAACUGUUUGCCAAGGAUUAUUAAAUGUGAUUUUCUUCCCUGUGA